AGUACAUUAACGGUUAGUAAAUAUUCCCAUGUCCCUUGCCGAUGCGAUAGCACUAUCACCAAGGGAUAACGUGGCCUCCGAUGAGGCGGAAUCGACUCGUGAGAUAGUAGACAGCGACAGUGUGGUCGUGGAGGUCCCCAGAAAGGCUGCUCAAGUGAGGAUAUCCGUCUCGAAGGCACAGGCGACGACGCCCUCUCAGUUCGGUAUCACCCCUCUGGAUAAAGCUCUGGAAAAUCCUGUUAAGCACGAGAGCGAAAUCAAGUACCACGUCAUGAUGGCUCGAGAGAAGCUUCCGUAUAACGUGCUGGCGAGAGUAGUAGGGCACUCGAACGUAAUGCGGUGUCUACUGGACGUGAAGCCAUCGCCGUUCGCUUCGGAGACCAUACUGGAAGCAUUGGGUCAAUGCAGUGUCACGGGUGACUACAAGUGUUGUGGAGCUUUGAUGGGAGCAUUGAAGGAGCCUGGGGAUCUCCUCUUUUCUGCUCUGAGGCAUGCCGUGGUCAAUGGUAACCACCGCGUGGCGAUGCUCCUAUUGGGCAAGUGCGACCCGGAUCCAGACGUCCUUAGAGAGGCAUUCUGUAGAGGGGAUAGUCGUAUGUUCGGUUUGCUAGUAAACUUGAGCCCAUCGGUGGACCUCGGUAUUGGCAAGCUCUUCGAUGGAGAUUCGAAUGAAGCUGCACAGAGGAGGCUCUUGGAGGCUGUGGUCUGUAGUGGUCUGGUGGCCGAUCGGUUGAAUGAGGACAACGUUGCGGCUGUUUUAGAACGUCUCCCAUCUGAGGCUCAGGCCGAGACUCUUAAAAUACGUACACCCUUGUCACGAUUUCGUUAUCCUGAUCGCCUGGCUGCUAGCUGUGGUGAUUGUGGUGUGCAGGGGUUCCUAGUUGGCCCUCCGAAAGGUCUGUUUGCUAACCUCCCGAUCAUCGGCUCCCGUGCGAACAGUCGAUCGGCAUACAACUGCGAUGCUUGCGGGUCAGCUAUUUGCGGUAUUUGUCGGCGCGUCUUUGAAGAAGCACAGAGGCCCGUCACACUAUGUCGAGAAUGCUCCAGGAGCUACACCGGACUCUGGGGGGCUCUCAUCCCUAGACCACCUGUCUAGUGGAAGCACCGGAGGGGUUUCUGCAAGAAGCAGUUCUAUGAAUGAUACAAUACACG